AUGCCGAUGCCCUUCCCGCGGCCAAUCUCUCCCAUCACCUUCGAACCAUGCUCUCUUGCGACCUCCAAUAUAAACCCGGACGACUUGUUGGGCUCUGACGAUGAGCUGGACGAUGUUGCUCUUGCUGCCAAACACCGAAGAAUUGAGAAACUCGCCGCGUCAUACCUUCAAGGACAGCCUUUGUUUCUUCUCUCCGCAUCUCUCCGUGGACCGUUUGAUGACGGCUGGAAGAACCCUUGGACCAAGAAACGGAAGAUCGCAUCCGAUAGAAAUUCCAGAGCGGUUGGGCUAGAUGCUCGCGGGUGGGAUAAAGAGCCCGUGGUACAGGAAACUGACCCAAGACGCCCAAAGUACAGAGAGGAUCUAGCGGUAAUUCUUCCUUCUGUUGAUACAUCUCAGGCUGAAAAAUCCAAUGUCGUCUCGGCUCAGCACCAAAAGAAGCCAUCUUUUGUUAUCGAAUCGACUGGAAAAAGACCGUUCCAGAAUGUAGCAGCUGAUCAGCAGAAUCGAGCCCCAUUCUUAGCAAAAAAAUUGAGAAACGCCCCUUUCACAAGUACAGCGGCGGAGGAUGUUACAGUCGCCAAAACUGAUAUCAACCAGUGGCUGAGGAAAGAUCGGAAGCCCACGAAUUUUGGGCGACUUGAGCCACCCAGCUCCCCAACUUCGAAAAUUGCUUCUAGACAAGAAUAUAUCACGUCUCGCAGGAGUGUUCCUCGCUCAAUUGAGCAUAAGAUUCCCAAAUCUUCGGCUUUGCAGAAGCCAAAUAUGUCUGCUGGCUCCGAAACUCUGGAUCGGGGCGCCACACCAUAUACUUCACCGGUGUCUGCUCAGAAGGCGGAGCCGACAACAAAUGAACCUUCUGUGGUCGCCAAUCGAUCGCCCAGGAAGGCUCAAAUAUCUCCAAAGAUACCUGAACAUGUGGCUACAUCUUUCAGCGUGGUCAACUCGUCGUCUCAACUACCGCGCUUUGAGUAUCGCCGUUGGCACCAAGACUCUGGCCUGCAGGCGCAUUCAAAGUCUCCAGACAAAGCAAUCGAGGAAGCACCAUAUUCUGCCGAGACCAUUGAGAUGCAAGAUGGUGAUACUAUAGUACCAGAUGCUCCAGAGCCAGCCAAAAGACCUGCGAAUGAUCACAGUGCAAAGGAAACAAAUCAGUCUAUUAAUCGAUCAAAGGACCUGAGAUUUGCCGAAGCUGAAAAGUCGGAAUCUACAGCAACAUAUGCACAAGUCCCCACUGAGCAUAACACUUGUGAAGACUUUCCAUCUGCGCAAGAGGUACCUCCCCAUCCCGGUGUGUCAGACCGGAUGCCAUCGUUGCACUCCACGGCGAUGCCUAAGACACACCCCGAGCAUAUCGGAGACACCAGCUCUGAUACGCAGCUCUCAACGCAAGCUGCAUUGCUCCAUGCUCAGAGAUCAUUCCAAGAUGAUCUGAAAAGCCCUGAGCAGAAUCGAGGCAAUACACCAGCUCACCCACGUCCACAGUCUCCUUCUGGUGAUGACUCCGUACUUCUAGCACGAGAAACACCCUUGUAUCGAUCUCAUGCCGCAGACAAGUCUCAACCACGAAGCUUUAGACAGACUUUCCGGGACAGAAUGCAGGCUAUGAGCACACAGUGUAUGAUCGAUGCCGCUACGCCUUUCACGUUCAGCACCGAAAAGAAAGCCCCAGCUUCUCGUCCGCUCUUGCUGCAAGAAUCACGUCCCCAGGGACAAAUAAUCCAUAAUGAACCUGGAUCCCAAAAGGGCUCGCCGCCAUCUGCUGAAAACGUGUUUGAGACCGCCCAGUCACGAACUGGAACCCCCAGUCCACAUAAUGCUGUACCCCGGCCCGAACAAGCGCCCGGGAACCCAUCCACUACCCAAGGGACUCUUCUACCCUUCGACCUUAGCGGGGACACGCCCACAACGGUUCAGGAUGGCCAAGGUGGUCUCCAAGGUGGUGAUAGCUUUCCGCUGAGCCAGGCCAUUGUCGAUCUAGGGGGUUGGUUAGGCCAGAGCGUUGACUUUCUCAAGGAGAUCUGA